AUGACAGGACAACCACCACCAACGAUAACGGUCUCGAACCUCACUUUCACAUUCCCAGACAGCACCACUGGACUGACGGAUAUAAGUCUCGACGUGCCAGCUGGUAGCCGGACGCUGCUCAUCGGUGCAAAUGGCGCGGGCAAAACAACCCUCCUCCGCCUCCUCUCCGGCAAACGGAUGGCCCCUGGCGGAACAGUCUUCAUAGCCGGUAUUGACCCCUUCGCCACUGGACUAGCUGGCGUGACCUACCUAGGGUUGGAAUGGGUGCUCAAUCCCAUCGUACGAACGGAUAUUGCGGUACCGGAACUUCUCCGAAGUGUCGGCGGCGACCACUAUCCUGAACGGAGAGAUGAAUUGAUCAAGAUCUUGGAUGUUGAUAUGACUUGGCAUAUGCACGCAGUCUCCGAUGGAGAGAGGAGACGUGUGCAGCUGUGUAUGGGACUGCUUCGGCCAUGGACAGUGUUGUUGCUGGAUGAGAUUACCGUCGACCUCGAUCUACUAUCACGCCACAACUUCCUAUCGUUCCUGAAGCGGGAGACAGAGUCGCGGGCAUGUACGAUAGUGUAUGCCACGCACAUCCUAGAUAAUCUCGCUGCAUGGCCUACGCAUCUGGUGCAUAUGUCCCUGGGCACGGUCAAGAAAUGGGGUGCGAUAGACUCGUUCAACGUACCCGAAACGAAAGGAGGUGCGGAAGGAAACUCACGACUGGGUCAACUCGUGCUACAGUGGCUCCGCGAGGAUCUCGAGGAGAGAGGGCCACGAAAGGGGCAGGGCAAUGAGGGCAAGACGUAUCCGGAUCUGGAAGGGAAGGGGGGGUACGGAUUGGAGAGCAAGUGA